GUUGUCAUGUGGUUGUCAUUCUCAGUGUCAGUUUUGUAAUGGUUUUGCAUCAUGGAAAAGUCUUAAGAGAUCAGCUAAAUAUGCACCAAGAGACAGUAAUUUCCUUGGUUGAAAAAUAUCGAAGUAUAAUUGAAAACAGAAAGACUAACUUGGUAUUUAACAGGCAGAAAAAUGAGUGUUGGGAGAAGCUUGCCUGGGUAUUCCAUUCAAACAACUGUCAGAACUGGCCAACAACUAAAAAGCAAAAUAAUCUAAAUCUGAAGACAAGGUGAAUUUGUUAGUGGGGUAUCUAUUUCUCGAACUACUACAUCUGAUGAAAAAGUUUGAAUCCCUUUAGUUAUAUUAAAUAAGAGUAUAUGAAGUAUUUAUCACUAAAUUGAAUUACUAUUUCGGUUCCCAUGAAGAUAAAUACAAGUGCCG